GGUCAGGAGUGAGGGGCCCCGGUAGAGCCGGCGCUGCAGAGCCGAGCGCUCUCCCUGGGGCUGUGCCUUUGCGGCUUGCACAACAAGUGUGUACGUGCCCCGCCUGCCCACAGCCCGUGUCAUCACCUCCCCACGGUUGCCCCACAAACCUUCCUGUUCCUCCUCCCCUACCCUGGCCGCGUCCCGCCCUGGGCAGGAAUCCCAGCUCCCCAGUCUCCCUCCUGCAACCCCUCGGGAUGGCGUCCCAGCAGCUGCGGGCCCAGACCCUGCCCCUCUCCCCCGGGGCCCAGGAGCGGAGCUGGCAGCAGCAGUUCGAAGGGGCCUGGGAACUGGGCCGCAGGGGGGUCCCCCUGCCCAGGGACCCCGACUGGAAAGCCCUGUGCGAGCGCAAACCCUUCGAGAGGAACCUGCUGCAGAGCCCUAACCCCGAAGGUGUGAACAUUUCAGAGCCAGCUCCCCGCCAGCCACCCAACAGCCCCCGGGGGUCGCUGGAGUCCUUGGGGGAUUUCAGCGGCUGGGCCAUUAGCACCGAGGAGCUCCCUCCCCCGGUGAGCAGCACGAAGCCCGGCUCUGCGGCUCCGCGCUUCAGCUGGUGUGUCAAACAGCAGCGGGUCGACCUGCUGGCAGAGGGGCUGUGGGAAGAGCUCCUGGAUUCCUACCAGCCGAACAUCACCGUCAUGGACUGGUAUGAAGAUAGCCAGCUGGCCGAGAGCGUGUACCAGCUGCAUGUCCGGCUGCUGGCCGCCGAUGGGCAGACGCCCCUGCGGGAAUUCCACCACCAGGGCCCCGAGCACGGGGCAUCCCAAGAGAAGAAGAACUGGUGCCAUGUUUCCCACGUUUUCCAUGGCUAUGGCCCGGGAGUGCGCUACGUCCAUUUCCAGCACCAGACCUUGGACGCCGAGACGCCGGGCGGGCUCCGCCGCACCAGAGCGACGGACAGCAGCGUCUCUGUGCAGCUCCGGGACUGACGGACGGGCUGGCAGCCAGGGGGCGGGGGAGGAAGCAGUUUGGUUUCUGUUCCCCGGCAAAAGCCGGUGCUGGAUUCACUGGGAGCGGAGACCCCUGCCCCCUCUCUGUGCCCUGGGGGCAAAGCUGGGGCUGGGUGAGGCUGUCAGGUCAGUCUUGUCGCAGGGCUCUGGGAGCCAGGACUCCUGGGUUCUGUGCCCAGCUCUGGGAGGGGAGGGGGGUCUAGUGGUUAGGGCGCUGGUGGGACAGUCUGGGAGCCAGGCCUCCUGGGUUCCAGGCCUAGAUCUGGAAGGGAAGUGGGGUCUAGUGGUUAGAGCAGGGGUUUGGGAGCCAGGACUCCUGGGUUCUAUCCCCAGC